UUUCCCUGCCUCUGUGUGUUUUGAGGUCUAAGAACUGUUCACGCCAUCUAUCUACGAGUUUUGAUAAACGUCCGAACGUCUCUGUGAUUAUUGUGGCUGUCGACUAGGAUCUAGUUCAAGAUGAGCAACAGCACGCUUGCGGCUCAGGCCGAGUUCCGCCAGUCGUUGAGAGAGGGCUGCCAUGCUUACGUGGAGGGGUAUGGCACAUCAUAUGGCUACCAGCCAUCACUGGCCGCAGGCAUCGUAUUCUGCGUGCUCUUUGGGGUCUCCAUGCUUGCGCAUCUGGUGCAGAUGGUAUGGAAGAGGACAUGGUGGUGUACGGUAUUCGUCCUCGGAUGUGCUGUUGAACUCAUCGGUUGGGCCGGUCGUACAUGGUCUGCAGAGUGUCCGUAUAACUCGACUGCGUUCCUGAUGCAGAUUUCCACCCUGAUCAUCGGUAAGUCGCAUAAUCUCCUGGAAAGGCUCAUACACCAAACAUUGGCCCUAAUCCACCACCUCGUUUCAGCCCCAACCUUCUUCACCGCGGGAAUCUACGUCCUUCUGGGCCGGUUCAUCGCGCUGAUGGGCCCGGAAACCUCGAUGCUGAGCCCCAAGCUGUACCUCUGGAUCUUCGUCACCUGCGACAUUGUGUCGUUGGUCGUGCAGGCCAUCGGCGGCGGGCUGGCGUCGAUCGCCUACAACAGCGCGGACGGCAACACCGAGCCCGGCACGCACACCAUGGUGGCCGGUAUCGUCUUCCAGCUGGCCUCGAUCACCGUCUUCGUCCUGCUGGCGGCCGACUUCGUGCGCCGCACCCUGCGCCUCCGCCUCCUGCAGACCAUGACCGGCUCCGUCGUGCCCCUGCUAGGCGCCAUGAUUCUGUCGGUCGUCGUCAUCUACGUCCGGAGCAUCUACCGCACGAUCGAGCUGUCGCAGGGCUGGUCCGGCUACCUCAUCACCCACGAGGUGUACUUCAUCGUCCUCGACGGCGUCAUGAUGGUCAUCGCCGUCGCCGUGUUCAACGUCUUCCACCCCGGGUGGCUGCUGCCCAAGGGGGCCGUGAAGCCGUUCCAUCGAGAGAUCAACUCAUUCGACAUGGAGAGACGAUGAAUCCCGGAACGACUCGCUUCUGUUUUUGCAUUUUCAUUGCAUGCGCGAAUUCCAUAUCCGAGUAUUUCUUUGGGCCUCGUACUUUCUUUUUCAUUCUCACCAC